GGUUACCGCGAGCACGCGUGGGGUCACGACGAACUGCUUCCCGUCAGCCAACGCCAUUCGGAAUGGUUCAAGCUUGGCCUCACCCUCGUGGAUGCCCUUGACACCCUUUACAUUAUGAACCUGCAAAGCGAAUUUAAGGAAGCGCGCGAUUGGGUUGCCAACAGCCUCAACCUGGAUCAAAACAUUGAUGUAAACCUGUUUGAAUGCACAAUUCGCGUCCUCGGUGGCCUCAUUUCCACACACGCGCUGACGGGAGAUCAGAUGUUCCUCGACCGGGCCCAUGAUCUUGGUGACCGAUUGUCAUACGCCUUCAACGAGCACUCGGGAGUUCCCUUUAGCGACGUCAACUUGGGUACUCACCAUGCCCACAAGCCCGCUUGGGGACCAGACAGCUCCACCUCUGAGGUGACCACAAUUCAGCUCGAAUUCAAGGCCUUAUCUCACUUUACCAAGGACCGCAAAUACUUUGAUCGGGUGACCAAGGUCAUGGAUCACGUGCGACAAAUCAAGCCUGCCGACGGCCUAGUCCCCAUCUUCAUUAACGCCAAUUCGGGCCGAUUCUCGGGAAAUACGGUGACGCUCGGCGCGCGGGGCGAUUCGUAUUACGAAUACCUUCUCAAGCAGUGGCUCCUAACCAAUAAGAAGGAAGACGUCUACAAGCAAAUGUACGAAGAGGUGGUCAAGUCCAUCACAGAUCAGCUCUUGACACGAACCAAGGAUGGUCGUGUCUAUGUGGCUGAGCGCCUCAACGGUCGCAAAAGCCCGAAAAUGGACCACCUUGUGUGUUUCUACCCGGGCAUGUUGGCAUUGGGCUACUUGCACGGCAUGCCUCGUGAGCAUCUCGAGCAAGCCAAGGAAGUGGCCAAGACAUGCUACGACAUGUACUCGACACAACCGGCCAAACUGGCGCCUGAGAUCGUUCAUUUUCAUGACGGUAGGCGCCAUCAAUCCCCGUCCAUGUAUGUCAAGCCUGCGGAUGCGCACAACCUUCUUCGCCCGGAAACGGUCGAGUCACUUUUCAUUCUCUGGCGUGUCACCAAGGACCCAAUUUAUCGCGAGUGGGGCUGGGAAAUCUACAAAGCCUUUGAGGAGCACUGUCGCGUCGAGACCGGUGGCUACUCAUCAUUGACCAGUGUUCUGACCAGCAAGCCCGCCUUUCGGGAUAAAAUGGAAAGCUUCUUCUUGGGUGAAACCCUCAAGUAUCUGUAUCUUCUCUUUGAAGACGAUGACAACUUUCUACCUCUAGAUCAGUGGGUCAUCAACACCGAAGCACACCCGCUACCCAUAUUCGACCCCCCCUCGUGA